UUGAGUUGAAACCACUACACCGCCCAAACAGCGCUGUUUACGACAAUAUUUCCUGGACCUAUUCUCCUUCUAAAUUUCAUUUGUUUGUGUAUUUAUCGUGCUUGUUUGUGUUACGAAGACUGUGACAUGGUUGUGUUGAAUAGCAAUAACGAUGAGGAACAGGAUGUAAUCCUCAUUGAGCCACGCUGCUCAUCUCUACCCAGCUCUCCUGCAAAACGUGUUUCUCCAGCCAAAAAGAAGCAGUUCUUUAUAAACCAGGCCAUCCGUAACUCUGACCUCACCCCUAGAGCCAAGGGCAGGAAGAGUCUGAGACGACAGGAAAACACUCGCUUCCUGCACAAUCUUCUGGAACGGGAAGAGUGCUCUAAAGAGGAUGCUGAAGGGUACGAAACAGCUUCACCAACCAUCUUCACUGAAGCCUGCACCAAUGGAAACUAUGUGGAGUACUGGAGUGAUUUUAUGAAUCGUUCUGGGGAAGAGCAAGAGCGACUGUUGGCUCUGCUGGAGGAGGAGGCCCAGAGGAUCCACUCCACCAAGAGCCAUAAAGACCAAAGAGAGGGAAAUCCUGCCUUCAGCACUCAGGAAUCUUUCCAGAAGAUUGAUCGAAGAUUGCGUGCAACGCUGAGACGCAAACAGAUUCCCUUGGGAGUGUUGGAGGGGCUGGAGUCAGAUCUGCUGGGAUUCUUCAUGGCACAUCCACACUCAAUUUACAUUACCAAACUCAGCAGCAGUUAUGAGCGACUGCUGCUUCAUGCUGUCUGCCAAUACAUGGAUCUGAACUCUGCUAGCUCUGACUGUAAUGGUGCUCGUCAGACAGAGGUUGUCAACAAACAAGAAGAGUUUCUCCCUCCUCAACCCCUGCUUUCUGCCUACCUAGAGCAGUUGAGCUGAGCUGCCAUGAAUCCUUGCCAGAACCAUUACCAGUGCUGUCCAUCCAGCCAGAACCAGCACCACUGCCAAUUCUUUGGCUACCUGGAGUUGUGGAGCAGCAUUAAAUUCAUAGGACUUGGAUCUAAUUAACUAGAGUGAUGUACUCGUGGUCUUUUUAAAUGUAUUUUCUGUUCUUUUGGAGCACUUAUUACUAUAUUGAUUCUUUUUUUCAUGUCCUAAAAUUUUUACAUUUGCUAACCGUGGCAUCUUUAUAUUUAAGUAGAAACAUAAUUGUGUGUGAACUGAUCAGGAAGCAAAAUAUGAUUUGUUAAUUUUUGGAUGUGACAGCCUCAUCUAAAUCUAAACACAUCACAAAGCUCAUUGUGUGUAUUAUGCAGUUUCUGUUUGUUUACGUCUGUGCUACCUGAAACCAGUCUUACUGCACACAGAAUCCACACCAUUUUGAAGCAGUGACCAAUUCUCAUGCAUUUGUAAUAACUUGUAACUCAGCUCUUUAACUUCAGCCAAUCCUGCCUGACAACUAAAGAAUGAUCAGUAGACCUUCCAGGCCGAGCAACUCUAUUGAAAACUUUUGAAUAGAGUUUUCCACUACUAUGUCGCUUUCAGGGGUCAGGCACUUCUUAUUUAAAUUCAUGGUAAACCAACAUGCACUUACAGCCAUGCCUUACCUGUGCACGUCAUGUUUGUAUUUAAAGAUUGAGCCUUUAAGUCGAGGCUAUUAUGGUUUACAUACAGGGAAUAUCUUUUAAUAUUUGAUACCAUCAAGAGUCCUGAGACACUUGAGCAGUUCUUACAUUGGUGUUUAUAACCAAAGUGUAUGUAUGGAAAAACACUGAUACUCAGGCAUCAACCUGUAUGAAUGUUGACAGUAAACAUUUGCAUCACUCAUGUUAUCACGUGGAAAUCACCUUUUGUGUUUAGCCGCCUUUGGGGGGAAAGAAUGUGCUUUCUAGAACAAUAUUUAUACUUGUGUGCCAAUAGAUUAAUGCUAUUUAUAUUGUGGUGGCAGAACAUGAAAAUAGAGUACUUUGUGUUUCGGUUUUAUCUGUGGCAAGUAUCUGUACUUGGGACAAAAACAGUUAUUAUGAUAUUGUGUGAUUCCGAUGCAAAUCAGUUGGACGUGUGUGUGAACCUAAACAUGAAAAUAAACUUAAGUUUCUU